CAGGAUAUUUCUUAGGCUAUUUACACACAUAAAUACCAAAGGCUAAGGAAUAAAAAAUAGUUGAAAAACAGGAAAAUUGUAAGUCAUGUGACUCUGUUGGCAAGUCACGUGAUAUCGUUCAAAAUGGAGAAUUGCGGAAAGAAACAGCAGAUUAAAUUCGUGUUCUUUUUUCUAUGUUUUGUCGCUAUAUCUGAGUGCCAAAAUGUUCCAAAAACAUCACAAAGAUAUACAGUAAACCUAGAUUUACCUGCAGGACAACGAUGGGGGCAUGUAUUGAAAGAACACAAAGGUUCAGUCAUCGUAAUGCACAACAUGUUGAAACAUUACCUGCCAGAAUGGACAGCUGAGUUGGUGGAAAAGGUUGCUGCUGGGUUGGAUAGUUUCUUACCUGAACCUUAUGCUAGUGAGAUCAGAGGUAUGGCAGAAGCUGUUGACAUUAAUCUUGGAGAUCUGGUCAUCGCAAAUAUAGUUUAUGACAUCACUGCGUUUUGUACAAGUACUGUUGCACAGGACUCAUCAGGACACAUAUGGCACGCCAGGAAUCUAGAUUAUGGCUUUGCAGAAUCAUUGAAGAACAUCACCAUAAUGGUUGAUUUUACACGGGGUGGUAAGGUUGUAUAUUCGUCUACAACAUAUGCUGGUUAUGUGGGGAUCCUAACAGGGCAAAAGCCUCAUGCUUUUACUGUUUCACUGGAUGAGAGAAGACAGGGGAACAUAUAUGUGAUAGAGAAUAUUCUAAUGCUGCUAUUAGAUUACAAACAUGGACUUAUGAGCUUCUACAUUAGAGAUGUUUUUGAAACAACAGCAAACUUCACGGAAGCUGUCAAAGCACUUGCAACAAGACCUUCAGUGGCGCCAUCUUAUGUGAUAAUAGGUGGCGUUCUGCCAGGUGAGGGCGCUGUCAUCACCCGUGGUAGGCUUGGAGCUGAGGAUGUCUGGUUCUUGGAUCCCAAGGUUGGAAGAUGGUUUGUCUUAGAGACAAAUUACGACCAUUGGAAGGUUCCCCCUAAAGAUGACGACCGAAGAGAUCCUGGCAACAAGGCUAUGCAACAAAUGGGCCGGACAAACAUUACAGUGCAGGCACUGUUCAAGGUCAUGUCAACAAAGCCAGUUUUAAAUAAGGGUACAACAUUUACAACGAUCAUGAGCGCAGACAGACCUGACAUCUAUACUACAUUGGUACGCUGGGAUAUGCAUUGAUGCCUUUAUUCAUGAUGUCACAAUUCAAAGGACGAUACCAUUGUAAAUAAUCAUGAUGUUGAACAUCAUUUUUGUGUGCCUGCUAAAGCUGGGAGAGUUGGUAUAUCUAACACAUUGUGAUUACUUUUGGUGAUUCUUGAAAUUCAGACAAUCGUAUCAUUGUUAUUGUAUUAUGAAAGAAAAUGAUUGGACUUAAAGGAGACACAGGGACCACAACUGAUGCCUUCUGGGCCGUAAUGUAAAUAAAGUAACAUGACGGAAGUAACAUGACAUAGCGCUUACACUUGAUUUCAUAUGAAAAGAAUCAAGGGUCACAUUUUUCUCAAAAAUAUACUGCUUGUACAUUGUAGGCAUUUUAGAAUAUUUUUUAUAUUUAUUGUACACAUAAUCCUCUUUACAGAAA